UCCUUGUUGUUUAUCCAUUUCAUACAUCGUGGUGUCUAUCUGUUAACCCCAAACUCCUAAUUUAUCCCUCCCCUUCUCCCUCUGGUAACCACAAGAUUGCUUUCUGUGUCUGUGAAUCACACAGUAGUUCUUAAUCUCUGAUAUGAUCACAAAGUUUGACCAACGUUCCUGUGUGCUGGCUUCCAGUCUGAACACGGAGGGUUCUCUUUAUUGGAUGUUGUUAACGUUAGUCUUUCUAGAUGGGACUUUUUUACUUUUUUAGUUUCAGAGAAAAAUGGAAACCAGGUGUUUCCUCCCAUGCUUGAAGUGUUGAAAAGUAACCACUGACCUAGGGUAACCUCUCUGGAAACCAGUUGUAUAUGUUUAUAGAUCUUGAAAGGACUGACUCAGGGGGGUGUUGGUGGGCUAGCCAUAAACACAGAAGAGCUGAUGGAGCAGGUGAGACUUCAGAGAUCUUGGGAGACGCGCACACACAGGAGUUUGCCGCUGCCUUUUUGCUUGUUGUUGGGAAUCGACAACUGAUGGUAUUUUGAGUUUUCUUCACAAUGGAGAUACUCCUUUGCUAGCUCUGGAUUUUCAGAGUGUAGAGUUGAUGCCUCCCUGGGUUGGUAUUUCUUUUUCAAACCUGACUCACUUCUUCCCAUGGAAUUCACUCCUCAUUCACCCCAGCUCUGUGUACCCACCCUGCGUCCAUCUUUGGAGGCAGGGGAGGGAGGUGACUUGGAGAGGACAUGUUAGAUGUCACCCAGAAACGAUGGUCUUUAGUUUCUAAUGAACCAUUUAAAACAACUGGAAAAUCGUGAGGAAUUUGGAACAAGGUGAUUCAGGUACCUUCUAAAUGUUUAUAUUGUUUAAACCUUUUAACUUAAUCUAGGCUCUAUCCUUCUUCCUUUAAGAAGAAGACCCACCAAGACUCACUUUUUUUUUUUUUAACUUUUCAUCUUUCUGCCCUCUCUUGCCUUCGUUUUGUUUCCUACCACUUUGACACGAAUCUGUUGAGACAGUUGGUGUGGCACCCCAGAAUUCCUUGGAACCAUGGUUUUAGAGCCUUGAUUGACAGAUCCCUGGGACUUUGGAGCCAAGUUGACUGUGGGAUGACUGUGUGUCUGCUACCACAACCAGGAACAGAUCCCAAACAGAUACUAUCAACAGCUGAUAGUAUCUGAGUGAUCUGAGACUUACAUUUUCAGGGUGUGCCAGCCUGUUUCAUUAACAAAGAAAUUCUGUGAGAGGCUCAGGAGCCUAUUUGUUUGAGCCUCUUGAAAUUUCAACAUAAAUUUCCAGCUUUUUCCUUCUUCACUUGAACAAAGAUUUUUAUUGAAAAAAUGCACUGAGUGACUAGGAGGACAUUGUGAGGUUUUGACCUGAUGUGUCUCUAUAGAUAAAUGGUGGCAAACCUGUGGGAUACACGAACAGGUUUCUGUCCACGUGUUAUGUGUGGCCUUAGAAAUGUGAUCAUGAUGUUAGAAGUGCUUAGAUGGGUAUUUUUCAAAUUUCAAAUGGAGACAACUUGCAAUGAAGAAAUGCCAACAUUUGAAAACGGAGGCAGAAUGUUGGUUUGAAAUCCAACCUGGCAGGUGUUCACUUGGGGCUCUGGCAGGUGAAGAAUAUCACUUCCUGGCCAGAUGUGUGGCUUGCCCACACUAUAGUCUCUACGUGUUAGAAAUGGUCAUGCUGAUUGUCAAUGGAAAUGGCCUCUUAAUUAGCAAGGGAGAGGCCACCAAGGUCCAUGGCCAGUGGCCUACUAGGAAGCCUUGUCCAGGUGGCUUCCGGGUAGACACUUGCCCUGAAGUAACCUCUGUGUAGGCUCGGGAUGGGGGCCUGGGUGGAGGAGUAGGGUGUGGGCCCCAGGGACCUGCCUGUGAGUCAGAGAUGGUUAGAGCCAGAGUGGAAGACGGGUUGAUGUGUCCGGGUUGCUGGUUUCUCAAGCAGCAAGGCCUGACUUCUCCAUCUGGCUUCCUCCUUGGCCUCUGCAGCACCUGUGUUCACUUCCCCCGGCCCUUCCCUCCUUCCCUGCACUACAUCAUUUCCUUUGUUCUUGUUGCCCUGGUGGUUUAUCACUCGCGCACGCCCAGAGGCUGGGGGCUACUUGUCCACCUUCUCACCAAAUACAGAGGAAGCAGCAUGUGCAGGACUUGCCCCAAGCCUCAGCUUCAGGGAUGGCCGGAGGCUAGACAGUGGUUUCAGACUCGGUGGCCCAGCUUGGUGCCCAGGCCACACCUGGUGCAGGGCCUCGGAGUGCCAGGGUCCCUGUGGCCACAGGGCAGCGGUGCUCUUCUCCAGGCUCAGUGCCCAUGAGGCCCGCUCUGCUGCUGCUCAUCCAGCUGGCCAGUGUCUCCCUUUUCUCUUGAUGGCAGCUUUAUAUUUGGCGUCACCUCUGUGUGAUGUGUGAUGCCAGGCGUCAUGCCAAGUGCAAUUGACUGUUGGGGCAGGAGCUUUUGUGCUUUCUUCUCUUACCAUGUUCUGUUUUUCUGUCUGUAUUGUUUGUUUUUUAAAAUUCAACGUUAUGUGCCAAGCUCACUAUAAGGAUCACAGCGGGGCUGAACGCAGUGCACCGAGGAGGGGAGAGGCGUUUCUGAAAGGAAAAUGAGAGUUGUGGGUUGAGAGGGUGACAUGUUUCAGGACUGCCCGGUUGUAUAGUGAGUGAUGGACACAGGAGCCUGAAGGCGGGGGUGACCGCUCAAAGUCAGAGCCAGCACCUCGACUUGGCCUUGGAUUCCUAUCCAUGCUUCUUCCCCUCACACAGACACUAGUCCACUCAAGUAAACUCCAGGAAAGCCUCCCCCGACCCCCAUCCCAGAGCAUGGUGCUAUACACUAACUCGACACAGAAUGCUGUAGCAAAGUCGGUCACUGGCGUUAGAAUAAUAUCACAAGCUCCUACAUAAUUAUUUUAAAAAAGAUGGGAAAAGGAAGCUUCAUAACCCUUAGUGGAAAGGAUGUGAGUGACGCCAUGUUUAAGAAGGCGAUGUCAGCACUGGUUCUUUACAAUUCUUGAGCUUGAUGGUUGCCCCGCAUUGACUGUGGCCUUUAAGAAAACAUCUUGUAUUUUCAAUUGUCAUUACACUUGCACUAUAUGAUUAAUGAUGUCUUUAGAGGAAAAUGUGGAUCGUGUAAUAGAUUCCUAGUAGAGAGCAUAAUUGUGAAAGGAGCCAUUCCCAGGAGAAAAGAGUGCCCCCCGGGGAGGAUCUCACUGACUUCUGAUACGGUAAUGACUUUACCUCAAGGAAUUCACUCAUGGAGCCGGAGUUGAUGGGACAGAUGACUUGGAACAAUUUGGACUUUGGUAUCAUAACGUUAACUAGUCACGUGAACUAUUGUGUUGAGGGAAGUAAGGGAACAUCUAGUUUAAUUGUCCUCACUCACCCCAGUGUGACUUAAAUUUGAAAGUAGCUUUUGCUUUGUGGAAGCUAGGCACUGCAUUGUUGUUGGUAACAUUUAGGACUCCAUAUAUAUAUAUAUUUUUUUUUUUUAAUUGGAGUAUAAUUGCUUUACAAUGUUGUGUUACUUUCUGCAGUACCAGGAAGUGAAUCAGCUAUAUGUAUACAUAUAAUCCCCUCCCUCUUGAACCUCCCCCCCACCCCCACUCAUCCCAGCCCUCCAGGUUGUCCCAGAGCACUGAGCUGAGCUCCCUGUGCUAGACAGCAGCUCAGCAGCCCUGUUAGGAAGAGAAUCCACAUCAUGAAAGGCUGAGGUGGAGCAGAGGCAAUUCUACACACAGACAGCACUCUCUGGCUUUCAGAGCUUGUCCAUGAUGUGGAGUAGUGGGUACUCUUGAGUUGUCUGCCUUCCAGAGAGAAGGAAGCCAUUUCCAUUUAUAAAAUUCAAGCAGCACUUUGGUUCAGGUGACUCAGAAGCCAAUUCUGUCCUUUUAAUACACUGAGUAUAGGAGAUUCGGAGACAUAUCCCAGGUCACAGGAGCAGGGGAGGUGGGACACAAAAGCACGGGAGCUUUGAGACUAGGACCCGACGAGACACCCAGUAAGCCCCUGGCCCCAACAUGGGCAACUGACAACAGGACCACCAUGGCAUGAGUGUACUUCACCCUUUUUACAAAACCACUAAGGGUUGCCUUGACUGUUACUUCUGAUUUAUUUUCCCUUUAAUAGUCCUGCCUGGAUGUCAGUCACCUCUGCCUUUCACAGGGACCCAUAAAGAGGUUUUUUAAUCUCUUGGAGAGGCUUGGCUGUCCUGUCCUCUCCUGAGGGAGGUGAGGCUGGUGUGCCUGACAUGCUUUGCACAAACAGGUGACUUGAUUCUUAGAAAUGAAAUACACCUCCCCAGAUUACCUGUGGGUUGAGAACAAAAGUAAUCCUAGCUGGGGCUUUAGAGAGUCUUCUUUCCUCUUCCUCAGCCUGGUUGGGGUCUCAACAUGCUAACACUCCGAUGGAAUGGGACAGCACCUCCUACUCUGAAAUAGACCCUCUAGCCUCAUCCUUGCCAAAUGUCAGGAUAGAGUUAAACAUUCUGGGCAGCCCCACAUCAGAUUAUCUGUAUUGGUUUGCUUCUCAGCCAUAAAAAUGCAUUUGAAUGCCCUUCUCAAAUUCAAGUUUGCUUUCUCUUAAUUUCCACGGCUAUUUCACAAGGCCUGCAAUGACAGGCUGGCUAAAAUGAGUAGAAGAUGCCAUUAAAAUCCCUUUCAGCAAUUCCAUUAAGGUGGAGACUGGAUUCCAUCCCAGCACUGGGUGACUUGAUCCAACUGGCGGGGAUAUGGAUGGGGAGGAAGGCCAGUGAAAGGAGGACUGUAGAAAUCCCAGAGCAGCGAGGGGGGCUCUAGGGGGUGGGCUCCUCAGGUGUGAAGGCAAGUUUAUGCUCCUCUAGCAUGAAUGAAUUACUUUUUUUAAAUUAAUUUUUAUUGGAAUAUAGUUGCUUUACUAUGCUGUAUUAGUUUCUACUGUAUAGAAGAAUGAAUUGGCCAUACAUAAAUUACUUUCAUCUUCUAUGGAACUGUCAUGCAAAGGCAAGCUUUCUUUGGGGAGCAAAGAAAAGGCUUCUGAUACUCUGCCUUUAUUUUUGAGGCUGUGGCUGGUCUUAUGGUACAGUUUAGCAAACCUAGACCUUGCUUACGAGGGCUCCCUGCUUGAUGCUGGGGUGUUGACAUAGGGAACCCAAUGACCCCAGGUCACCUUGGUGAAUGGAGACAGCUGGAGCACUCCUCUGCCCCCUCCAGGGCCAGUUUCCAGGUUCUCUGUGGCUCCCUGGGUCAGGCCACUGGCUCAGGCCCUUUUGAUGAUGAGGUCUUCUGGAAUAGUUCUGAAUCUCUGCCUUAUAGGCUCCGAAAGAGGCUUUGAAAAACUAUAGAGGAUGGGCCAACUCUCCUGACAGAUGGAUGUAGUGUGACCAUGUAAGAGUUUGCUAGCUUAUAGGCAGAACUUGAACAUCCAAAGGGUCUAGGCAGCCUUUCUGUAGCUCUCUUGGGGCAUGCUGCAUGGAGGUCAAACCAUCACUAACAGGGACCUGGAAUCAGGGGUGCAUGAUUCCUGUGUAGUCUGAUCGGGCUCAACAGCCCCCACAGACAUAGCACAGGUGACCCUGCUGACACUGGCUUUGAGGUCUUCUCUUCUCCUUCAUGCCCAUGUCAGGCCACCCCAGUCACCUUCCAGUUGGCAGGACCCACUAACACGCUGCCAUUUUUCUAAAGAGUGUGCCUGGUCUGGAGCCAUCUGGUCUCUUCAGUGUGACCUUGCAGGACUGUGCUCUGCUCAGUGGGGGCUUGGUGUCACUGUGUCACUUUUCGAGUACAUUCUUGUGACGCUCAUCUUCACCUGCUGGGCAGGUACCCUCCUGCCUUCCUUUAACACCCCCAAGUAUGCGCAUUAAAACUUCACAUGCUGGAACUAACAUCUCGUAUAAACCAGAACUGAAUCCAUCAAGGCCAAGAUAUAACCGAAGGUGACAUUCUGCUGAACAUGAAACCAUUUCUUUUAUGUAUAAACUGGUAGAAGAAAAUGUUUAGUAACCACACACCUGCUUGUUUUGAGUUCAGUUCUAGAACGAACAGAUUUGCUUAUUUAAGGAACAAAGGCAACCACGUGGGUCAGAUGAAAAACAUUUGGAAAGACAGACCUGAACAAAACGAGGCGCUUUUAGGAUGGAAGUACAUCCUCUAUAAAACCUUCGCUGAUGGAGUUCCAAAACCUCUAUAGAAAACUUACCUUUGAAUAAAGUAUCUCUAAUACUGGGUGGUUUUGCCCAUAAUUUGCAAAAAGGCAUCAGGAGGAGUUUUCAGAGUCUAGGAUGGAGGUGGGUGUGCCUGCCGGGACUUGACCUGACCCACAGCCCUUAGUUUUACUUUUCGUCAGCUGUGUCUGUUGUUAGUCUUCUUUGUGCUUGACUUCAAGACUGCAAUUAUGUCCAAAGGAGUCCUAUAUUUAGAGCCUGAAUCUUGGAGCCCAAAGGAGCCUGGGAGCUCCCUCCUCUGACCUCUCACCCAUGGAGCAAUCUUUCUUGCUUCAUCCUGACAGCAACUAAGGCCUGGCACUUCCCAGCUUGACCAGGUCCAUGUUUGCACAACUCUUAUUCUUAGAAUUCUGUCUGUGGAGCUGAAAUCUCAACUCGAGUAAUGUUCAUUUGUUGAUCCAAGUUCUGCUUUUCGAAACUCUGAAAAAAAUGUGCAUUAUCUUGGUCUUGAAAUGAGCUCACAAACUGGGAGGAAAAAAGCCUAUGUACAAACCAGGUGCCUUAAGCUCCAGGGCUAUCUGGAAAGGAGGGAAUGAAAAGCAUGUGGCUGGUAGAGGAAAUGAAUGAAGCUGGAGCCCUGCUCUGGGAGAAGGUAGCACAGUGGCACUCCUGGGGGCAGGGCAGUGAGAAGGAGCCCCUGCCCGAAUGCUGUCGGUGGUGAACUGAUAAGGGUGGCGAUAAACUGAAAAACAGAACCUGAGUCAUUCUGUUUCUUUUACUGUCAUCAGACAAGCUGAUGUGCUCAGACAAAAAGUCCCUCGCCUUGAUAUCUCCUCUGCCUAUCCUGAAAGUGAACCUUUUAGCAGGAGUUUAAUGGGAUUUCUCAGUUGUUGUUUCUUCCCUCCCACUUUUGGAGGAGAAGUGUUUAUUUUUUUAAAAAAAUGCUUUUCUAAACAAAUGCUGUUUGCUUUAGCAUAUUGUCUAUGUUAAGUGCUCAUGGGGAAGCCACAGGGCAUCAUUGUCAGUGUGGACCUAACGGGAGGAGGAAAGGAGGCUUAGAAGGAGGCAGAUGUCAGAUUCAGGCCUAGACCUCGAAUCUUACUAACCACCAGCCUCUCCACCAGCUCCGAGCUCCACUGAGAACCCUCCUCCCUCUGUCAUUUCGCAGGUCCACAAAGAUGAGCUGUUUUUCUCACCUUUCUUUGCCCAUGACAAACACAACCCCAGACCCGGUGGCAGCAAAGGUGCCACAGAAAGCGUCCCCACCUCCUGGGGAAGAGACCCCCAGAGUUCCUUCAUGGGCUGGGCCAGGGGCGGCUGUGUUCACCACCCUGACUAAGGACUCCGUGGAUCCUGUGCCCUCCAGGAUGGGGUUCUUGGGCCACCUGUCCUUCACCUUGACCUUCCUUCCAAGGGCGACCAGGCUGGCUUGUCUCCAAGGAGCGAAUUCAUUGGGGCCAAUCCCAACCCCCACAACCCCUUCUCCCUAUUCCACACUUCUACCCCGGGCCCCCGUCCAGGGCGGCUCUGGGGAAAGCGAGGCCCUGGCCGGCCCGCCAACAGGGCUCUUGCCCGGCUUUUAAAAUGGAGUAAAAAACCCUUGUCUUUUCCACCGGGGCGGAUGCUGACUCUGCAGGCCUGGGGCCCUGGGUGACGUUUGCACUGUCCCUGCCAAGUGGCGGGGACACACCUGCUUUCAGUUGUAGAUAUGGUUGAGGGUCCGGCGGAGGCUGCCUGGUGGUUUUCGUGCACGUCGGGAACCCUACAUUCUGAAUGGUUGGAAGAGAAGAGCACUGGCCGGCCUCUCAAGCGCGCGCUCGCGUAGGUGCGGGCUGGGCAGGGGCGCUCCGCUGCGCAUGCGCAAAGGCCACCUGCUGCCGCCGCCGCCCGCGCCGAGGUUACUACCGGUCAACGCUCGCGGGUAACCUCGGCGGCCGCGCCGUGCUUGGCUGCCCGCCGGGCGCUGUAGCUAAGCGGUAGCUGUUGCUAAGCGCGAACAGAGGAUGCCAAGCUGCUAGGUCCGGAUGCUGCGGCCUCUCUGAGCGGACCGGGCCGCCCUCCCCAGACCCUGCCCUGUGCACAUCGGAUGCCGAGCCUGAGUGCCACACGGCUCCAGACCAAAUCCGACAAACACCUGGGCCUAGAAAAUCAGAGAACCUUUCCAUAGCCUAAUUUUACCCUGGAGACGUCACUAACAUGCAUCCGAUGAAUGGGAUUCCUUUUUACCCAUGAUUAUUAUUUUGAUGUCUAUUUAAGCAUAAUUGGGAGACUUCACUGGGAUAGAAAUAGCACAUAGAUAUUUAGAAAGACCAUCUUGAGGGAAACUGGCUGGCUUCCUUGUGUAGUGUCUUCCUCCUCGAGGCUUUCCUCAGAAUGGGGAAGCUUCAUGAGUUUUCCGGACUUCUGUUGAAAGUGGAAGGUAGGGCCAUGAGGCCAGGUGCGUGAGUUUCCUGUGAGACACCCACAUCCGAAUCCUUGUGAAUCAUUCUUGUUUUGCUUUGUUUUAGAUUCACCCUGUAGGUGAGACAGUGAGAAGCAGGGCCUCCUGCUUUGGGCCGGGCAGACUGAGCAGUCAGCGUUUUAAAAUGAGCAGGGUGGUUCUUGGAAUCCUGAGGUUCUGCUUAGGAAUCCAAGGGGCAGAUUGAGUAAGGGGGCUGGAAUCCAGAGUGUCAGCUCCCAGGCUGCUGCUCCCCACUCCCUGGUGACUCACUUCCACCCUGGGUGGGUUUGUGAGGAGAAACAGCAGCUGAACUUUAUGUGUGCUUCCUGGAGCAUACACGUGUACAUUGUGUGUGAAUCCAUUCAUGUGAUCAUAAAUAUAAACAUGAUCUACAAGUUGGGCUCCAUUCCAGAGCCUUGAAGGCCAGAGAUGCCUUGGUAGAAGCAGAGGUGCCAUGCUUUGCCCCUCCCUGAGGACCAGGGCCUUCCCUGGACACCUGGCCAGUUUGGUUCCUCUGUGCUGAAUUUAGGAUACAAGACCCUUUUGAAGGGCAUUUCUGGAAAGUUCAACAGUGGAGAGCUGGUGGCCAUCAUGGGUCCUUCUGGGGCUGGGAAGUCCACACUCAUGAACAUCCUGGCUGGAUACAGGGAGACCGGCAUGAAGGGUGAGGUCCUCAUCAACGGGCUCCCUCGGGACCUGCGCUGCUUCCGGAAGGUGUCCUGUUACAUCAUGCAGGAUGACCUGCUGCUGCCACACCUGACCGUGCAAGAGGCCAUGAUGGUAUCCGCACACCUCAAACUCCAGGAGAAGGACGAAGGAAGAAGGGAGAUGGUCAAGGAGAUCCUGACGGCCCUGGGCCUUCUGUCUUGUGCCAACACGCGGACCGGCAGCCUCUCGGGCGGCCAGCGGAAGCGACUGGCCAUUGCGCUGGAGCUGGUGAACAACCCUCCCGUCAUGUUCUUCGAUGAGCCCACCAGUGGCCUGGACAGCGCCUCCUGCUUCCAGGUUGUCUCCCUGAUGAAGGGGUUGGCCCAGGGUGGCCGGUCCAUCAUCUGCACCAUCCACCAACCCAGUGCCAAGCUCUUCGAGCUGUUCGACCAGCUUUAUGUCCUCAGUCAAGGACAGUGUGUGUACCGAGGGAAAGUCUCAAACCUUGUACCGUAUUUGAGGGACUUAGGUCUGAAUUGCCCAACCUACCACAACCCGGCCGAUUUCGUCAUGGAAGUCGCGUCCGGCGAGUACGGCGACCAGAACGGCCGCCUGGUGAGAGCGGUCUGGGAGGGCAAGUGUGACUCUGACUGCAGGAGAGAGCCUGGGGGCGAUGCCGAGGUGAAUCCUUUUAUUUGGCACCGGCCCUCUGAAGAGGUAAAGCAGACAAAACGAUGGAAGGGGUGGAGAAAGGACUCCACUUCCAUGGAAGGCUGUCACAGCUUCUCUGCCAGCUGCCUCACCCAGUUCUGCAUCCUCUUCAAAAGGACUUUCCUCAGCAUCAUGAGGGACUCGGUCCUCACGCACCUGCGGAUCACGUCCCACAUCGGCAUCGGCCUCCUCAUUGGCCUGCUCUACCUGGGGAUUGGGAACGAAGCCAAGAAGGUCCUGAGCAACUCCGGCUUCCUCUUCUUCUCCAUGCUCUUCCUCAUGUUCGCGGCCCUCAUGCCCACCGUCCUCACAUUUCCUCUGGAGAUGAGCGUGUUUCUCCGAGAACACCUGAAUUACUGGUACAGCCUGAAGGCCUACUACCUGGCCAAGACCAUGGCAGACGUGCCCUUUCAGAUCAUGUUCCCCGUGGCCUACUGCAGCAUCGUGUACUGGAUGACGUCCCAGCCGUCUGACGCUGUGCGCUUCGUCCUGUUCGCGGCACUGGGCACCAUGACCUCCCUGGUGGCGCAGUCCCUGGGCCUGCUGAUUGGAGCUGCAUCCACGUCACUGCAGGUGGCGACCUUCGUGGGACCCGUCACGGCCAUCCCUGUGCUCCUCUUCUCAGGGUUCUUCGUCAGCUUUGACACGAUCCCCACCUACUUGCAGUGGAUGUCCUAUGUCUCUUACGUCAGGUAUGGGUUUGAGGGGGUCAUCCUCUCCAUCUACGGCCUCGACCGGGAGGACCUGCACUGUAACACCAACGAGACGUGCCAUUUCCAGAAGUCAGAGGCUAUCCUUCGAGAACUGGACGUGGAGAACGCCAAGCUCUACUUGGACUUCAUUGUCCUGGGGAUUUUCUUCAUCUCCCUGCGUCUCAUCGCCUACCUCGUGCUGAGAUACAAAAUCCGGGCCGAGAGGUAAAGUGCUGCAAAGCCAGAGAGAGGAACAUUGGACACCGUGGCCAUAGGCCACUUCCAGAACCCUUGCGGGCUCAAGGACACAGACCCGCCUGUGGAGCCUGGGGACUACGUCGGGUUGUCAGGCAGCAAACCAGUGCUGGACUUCUCCGCCCCACUGAGUUGGGUCUUCUCUCCAUUACCCUUUCUAGCUAUAACUAGGAAGAAGAUGUAGAAUGGUCUUUCUUUUUCACAUGCAGAAAUUUUUAAAAUACAACCCCUGAGGCAGAAUUUAAAACUGCCACAAAGUGGGUGACAAGAGGCUUCCUCAGCAGAAUUCUUCCUUCUGACCAGGGAGCUCUGGUUCUGCACGAGGAAUGUGGGCAGUUUCCCGGGGCCCCUGGGCAGUCAGAUGUCCAGGGGUGGAAAGGCGAAGCCAAGAGGGACUCCAUCCUGUGACUGGUAUUUUCAUAGUUUCAUCUUUCUACAGUUUGUCUCUUUUUCCAACGAGAAGUCGUUUUCCAAGUCAAAAGUCGAUCAAUUUCAUUCAUUUCCAGAAGCUGUACCUUUUUAGUACUUGGUGAAGAAAAUUAUUCAGGGUAAACCUA